AUUGUGUGCCAGUUAAUGAUGUUCGCGGGAAAAGAAGCAUCUGUCCAAGCAAUCCUCGAAAAUGUGGUACAUAUUUUUGGUGGAAGUAGCCGGGAAAAACUCGGUGCUCGAAAUCUGGAGCAAGGAGAGGUUGCUAAUCUCUUUCAGGUUACUGAAGGGUUUUGGAUGGAUCAAGACUCGCCAUUACUUUUUCACGUUGGCUGGGCCAGUAAAAAUCGUUACGGAUUAUUUGCCAGUGAGGAGUAUGAGCGACAUGCAAAGGAAGUUGCAAAAGCAUUAGAAAAAGGUUUACCCGAUGUUCCAUACGGCGAGCAUGAUGCGAACGCGUCACUUUUCAAAACACACGUUGGACCACCGAUCACAAACUGUUGGCCACGUUGGGAGGAGAAAAUGAAGCUGGAGGUGUUGGAUCCGUUAGAUAACUGGAGAGAAUUACGAGUGGCAACCGUUUAUGAAAUCAUGGAAGAUGGUUACCUCAAGAUUGUUUUUGAUGGCGAAGAAAUGGAAGAGGACCCAGUGCCACUUCAUUAUUCUUCGGAGCUGUUAUUUCCGGUGGGAUACGCCGAGAAACAUGGAUUACGUUUGAAAGGCCCAACAGGAGCACAAGUUUUUCAAUGGGAAGCAUAUCUAAAACAAAGCCAAAGCGUUGCUGCGCCCGAAAGUCUUUUCGAAAAUUUCAGCGAGGACGUUUUAAGCAAUUUCAAGAUUGGAGCAAAAUUGGAGGCCGUUGAUUUAUGUGAGCCAAAUCUGAUUUGCACAGCCACUGUAGCGGCACAUCAUGGCCGAAUCCUGGAAAUUGAAUACGACGGUUGGGAUAGCUCAUUCAAUCAGUUAUUCGACUACAAAUCAGCAAACAUUUUCCCGAUUGGCUGGUGUGAAAUGCAUGGUUACAAACUGGAAGCACCAAAAGUUCCGACUCGACAGAGGAAAGGGAAAACGAAGAAGAGUUUUGAUAUGGGAGACAAGAAUUAG